AUGGAUGAAUUCAACUCCUCCGAUAUCGAAUUUGAUGCACCUGUAAAGAAAUCGAGGCGCAUAUUAGGACAACGAAGUAUCCAGCAGAUGAUAGAUAAGGCGCCAGAUCUUCGGAUUCAAAGCAAGAAAACAGCGAAGCAAUUGUCAUUUGGAACUGGUCGACAGGAGACAAAGGAUGCACAACUGUUGACCAUUGAAAGAUUCAAAACUUUUCGCACCGAUGCCUUGCGACAUGCCAAUUUCAAAGAUUCCUUUUCCGGCGAUGAUGCUAUUCGAUUCUUGGAUUCGAUCAUUGGCAUAAUCAUUCCAAGUCGUCGCAAUAAACCAGCCCCUAACGCCUCGACAGCUAUAUCGAUGAUUAGGAGCCUUUCCCUGUAUUCCAUUUUCACUUACAACCAUCGCUUUACCCCACAAGAGUCUGCUAGAAUCAACACUUGGUUCGAUGAUGCAAAAAGGGCAGGAAGACUGACUGUGGGAAAUUGGAGCGAACGCAUCAAGGUUGGUGUAUCGACGCUGUCGUAUAUGGUCAAGACAUGGUUUAAGUACUAUAUCCAGAAUGGAACCAUUUCUUGGGAUAUUGUAUUAUACAAAGCCAUGAGUGUGGUUAUAGUGGGCGCACUUGCAUGUCGAGUCGGCGAUGUCGCGAGGUCGAGUUUAUCUUAUGCCAUGGAGUAUAUUCGAUAUCGAGAUAUCGAAAUUGCCAUCUCAUCAGCUACCUUGGAACCCGUUCAGUGGAGGGACUUGGAAGCAAAAUUUACGCUUAGAUUCACCAAAUUUAAGAGGGAUACACCGCGAGAAAAUGAUAUAAUAUAUCUUGCUCCUCUCGAUAAUGAGGAAGUCAAUCACAUAUGCCCGUUAGCUUUGCUGAUUUCACAUUGUCUACGACAUGGAUUGGUACAGCCUGUGGGAGCAAAAAGUCUACAAGAUGUGUUGGAUUAUGCAGUUUCGUCGGGAACACGUACAAUUCAAUGGGUUUAUCCCGACUAUCCAGUGAUGGUUUCUUUAGCACAUUCCAGAUUGCUACUAACUAUCACAGCAUCGGGAUUACAACUAUCCAAAACUAUUAAGCUGAUGGGGAUCAUGUCUGGGGUUGUUGGAAAUCUGACUGGUCACUGUUUGCGAUCAGGCGCUGCCAGGGACAUAUCUCAUCUACCUACCACCGUGUUUGACGGUGUCGGGUUGACUACACCAGCAGUAGCAGCAGUUUUGAAUCACUCGGAAGCAACCUUUUCUAAGGGGACAUCAAGACAUUACGCUGGUGAAAUGUCAGCCCUUGUGUAUAAUGAACGCAUAAAGGUGAUGCCAACUCCAAGGGGAGCACCUAAGAUCACAAGUGAACCAGUAUUUGAUAUCUAUCGAGCACCUGUAUCUCUUGAAGAAAUUCAAAUAUGGCAAAAAGACAAUCAAUCAAUCGAUUCUAAUCCAUUAUCUUUCAAUUCUAUACGCAAGGCACGGAAAGCGAUCAGAGAUGCACGCUUGAAGAAUGUAUGGGAAGAAAGCAAAACCUUUACUACUGCCGCCACCGAGACAUCUGAGAUUGUGCUCGAGGACCUAUCCACCAACACAAAGGCGCUUCCUCGAAAGGAUGCUUUGAGAAGUAUACCAGUUUCAGAUGCCGUUUCUCCACCAGUGAAUCACAAUGAUCUAGCCUGGCAUUCCAAUAUUGAUCCUCGGCUAUUAUCCGAUAUACAAAAUCCUCAAUCAUUAUGUGUCGCUGAAGAUGAAGGCUAUGUAACAGGCUCGGCGUUUGACAUAGAUGAAGAUGUUUUAGGUCAGGUUGAAGUAGCAAGCUCGGAAUUAAAUGCGCUUCACACUAUCAUCGCUCCUAUGAGAAUGGAUGAUGGACAAUCGGCUGAUGUAAACGACAAGGUCGAUUACGUUGAUGGUAAUGAUGAUGAUAAUCUCGUUGUUGAUCAAGAGGAAUUGCUUGGGUUAUUGGGGGAGGCUGAGGAAAAGCGAGGAGAUUCCAGCUCGAUCCACGGUUUUGUCGACAAGUGGACCAGAAUCAAUGCAGUCAACAACAAACGUUUUGCUGAAGCUUGGCCGCGGUAUUCAGACGAGAAUGUAACUUUCGAAGAAUCCAUCGAGCCAUUUUGUGCUACGGGAAAUACCAGAGACUUUCCAACGCCUUUCCUCUUCACAUGCACCACUAGUGGUUGUAAUUAUUCGACCAUCAGAAAAUUCAACCUAUCAAAGCACUCCGAGACAUGUACUGAAGAGAGUGUGAGAGCCAGUCAGGCGGUCAUACAUCCCUUCUCUUGCGAUCGAGUUGGCUGUGCGGCAGUCUUCACAACAAAACACAAUCUACAAAAUCACAUCUACCAUGUGCAUUCCGACAGAGGCAAACCUUGCGCCAAUUCAGAACAAUGGGGAUGUGAUCCCAACACACUAUACACUCCCAAAGAGCUGGCGGCCCAUCGCAAUACGCAUGGAUUUCCAUGCAGCUGCGCUUUUCCUGGAUGCAAGCUCAAAACCCAAUUCUCUUCGAAGAAUGGAUACAGGGCUCACCUGAAGAAGGCCCACAAAAUUUCUUCGGCAGGUUAUAUGCCAUCACCGAUUGCCAAACCGAAAGCAGGCGGACAGAACAAGAGGAAGCGACCUGGUGUGGAGGAGAAAAGUUCGGAUUCUUGA